AUGGCUCCACGCCAUCGCGAUAAUGAUACUUCAAUGGAAACGAUUCUCAAUUAUGACAACAGAGAUGCGCAAAGUCAAUGGUCAACGAUAUGGUCAACGAGUUUGAUCCCAGGUAUGGAUAAUGCGGCUGGCGCUGGCAGAUACCGCACUGCCGGCCGACGCCGUCUACGAAUGGGUUCGCUUGCACUAAGCGCUCUUCUCACCAUGCAUAGUCGUGUACCAGCCUCUGCACUUACAAGUGGAAUUGUGGUUUUUAUAAUGACUCUGUUGGCGUCAGUAAUAAUUCUAGCAAAUCCUUUACGUCAUUUCGAAGUCUACCUUGGACAGUGGAGCAUCAGCGGUCCGGGACGUGCUUUCCGUAUAGUACCUCUUUUUGACGGUAUUGGGUUUGCAAUGUGCCUGAACGCAAUAUUUCGUGCUAUGAUCUAUUGCACUGUAGCCGCUAUAGCUGCGACGUACACUUUGAACUCUGUACAUGACGGCAAGCUACCGUUCACGUAUUGUCGUGAUUUUGAUUUAAAACCUUAUGAUCCUGAGUACAAAGAACUAAGAUAUCUCUCUGUUCAUGGAAUUAGAAUAUUAAUGGAAACGGAAGCUUCUGCUACUAAUUCGAGCACCCUUGAAUUAUUACACAAAGUACGGAAAAACGCUAGUGAACCUAAAUUAAAAUGGCUAACGCCUUCAAGGAUAGGCCGUCCUAUAAAAAUAGAAGUGUGCAAGGAAACGUAUCCGGGCCGGUAUCCUGCUCUUUACGCAACUCCUGCAUUUAAUUUUUUCUAUGUGGAAGUUGUUAAACUACGUCCGGAUUUAAGUAUGCAACAUUUUAACGUACCACUCAUUGUAAACGUCUUGGGUGUCUGGAUUAUAAUAUGGUGUGCUAUGCUUUCGGAACGAAUUCUAUACAACAGAUUGAUUUUUAAUAACGUGCCUCAAUGGAUUAUAAUUAUACCAUGGAUAUGGACAGCUUUAAUAGUAUUCAUUGGGGUUUACAACAACAGUGGAUACAAAACUCUACAGAAAGCUUUCAGAUUCGGUAAAAAAGAAAUAAUGAUUGGUCUUUCAGAUGCUUUGGAGGUUAGUCUGUAUAUACAUGCUGCAAGUAUCGGAACUGAACUAAUUACUGGCAAAGGAUUGAAUCGUUAUGCCUCUGGUCACAUAGAUCCAUUGUUCAACCAGGAAAAUUUGUGGCACUCGUUCUUUGCGGUAUUCCUUUCUGGUUUCCAUUCCGUUGGCGCCGCUUUAUGCGCAGCGGUGAAUGACAAACAUCCUAGCUGGACCGGUAUUGAUGAUAUGAGUAAAAGUACUUUAUGGAUGUUCCCUAUAUAUUCGAAGUGCACAUCUCUGGGUGGUUAUUCUCACCUUAUGUCCACGUCGAUUUUCUUCGGAUUAACGUUUUCUUACUUAGCUGUGGCGUAUAUUUUCAUGAAAACAGCAUUGCAUAUAAUAUUCGAAUACAAAGUUAAAUUAGUAUUUAGAGAACAACUAGUUGUGGCUGCUCUGUUAUUGUCUUGUGCGCUUUUGAAUAUGUUGUUCAUGACCCAUGGUGGCCUAGCGUUAAUGGAAGCAAUAGAAUCUUUAAUGACGGGUGUAACAAUGCCACUAAUUUGUUUGCUCGAAAUGGUGGCACUCUUGUACGUGUACCGCAGCCGCGACUUCACGUCUGACAUCAAUGUCGCAAUGGAGGACAGCGCAUGCUCGUCGCGUAUCAGCAUACAAUGGCAAAUCGUACCAUUUUUUACACUGGCUACUUUGAUCGUCAAAUGCGUCUCGUUAUUUGACACAGAAAUUCCAAGGAAAAGUAUGCUAUUGGCGACAGUUCCACUAGGUUGUAUAUUAAUAUCGCUGCCGUUGCGUGCCCUGCGCAACGUCUACGUGUACCUGCAUCCGGAGACUGGUGCUCGAGGCGGAUGA